AUUCUCAUCGCAGAUAUUUUUCGAGGCAUCUAUCAAUCAUUUUCGUGGAUUAUUGCAUAAUCGUUCAAGUACUGGGGGGUAAUAUGAGAGUCAAGUUGGCCGGGUAAAGCUGUGAGAUUGGCAGCCACAGCCAAAAUCCUCCUGAAAUAAAUUGUCCCUCGUCGGUGUGCGCAUGAGUGACAUUUUUUUACUCUCUAUUUUGAAAAUUCUCUUUUGAAAUUUCUAUUGUACACGUCCGCUCAAAGGGUUUCGAGUGAUCGCAAGUGCUGAAGAGGAUUAAUCGAAAUCCUGGACCAUGGGUCGUAAAAAAAAGCCGUCAAAUAAAUCAAAUGGUGGUGCGGAUAAUUCAGAUAAUAUUGUCAAAUCUUGUAAAAUCAAGACGAAUGGAAAUAAUUCGAGCAAGACUGAUGAAUCGACAAGUUCGCAAAUAUCAAUACUGGAUAUUUCCUCGCGCCUGACUCUCCCACUGAAACCAUCUGGUGUUGAUUUGUCGGUUGACAGUGAUGAUGAGGAAAUAUUGGAAUUUCAGAUUAGACCUCGUUUCUUUUAUGUGUCAAGUUUGUGCUUAGUCUGCAUGAAUAUAUGUGAAAUACGUUGCGACGAUUGUGGAAUGGUGUCUUAUUGUUCUGAGAAACACAGGAAUGAAAAUAAACAACAGCAUAUGGCCUUAUGUAAAGUUUUAUUGGAAAUUUGUGGUGGGAUGGAAGGAUUUUCCCUGGCAAAGACACUGCCGCCCAAUUUGUACCGGUCUUUCAGGAUAAAAACAAUUAGUUUAAUUGAGAAUAAAAUAAUGAGACCAUUGGACUUGUGGGAGAGGGAGAUCGUGUUGUAUCCGAGAAUUUGCGGAAGCUGCGGUCAAGUGAAGGAACUGAUCUGCUGUCCCACCUGUGGAGUCGAUUUUUAUUGCGCAAACCAUCAGCAGAAUCACGUUAAAUGGUGCAAAGACUUUCAGGUGUUCAGGAAAAUUCUCUGGAUGCAGCAUAAGCAUGGAUUCAUUGAACCCGAUGUACCCGUUGUGUAUUACAAAGAGGCGCAUGUUUUACCUGAAAAUUUCGACUUUCUCAUCUACGAAAUGUACAGAAAUAGUCCGAGCUACAGGAGAAUUGAUAGCUACACUUACGCCAGUUUGUCGCAUGUCGCCACUGCACCAUUGACUGCAUUAUUUGCCAUGCAGAAGACUAUUCCUGACUGGACUACACGAACACAUUUUCGAAUUCAUGUAAUUGGGGCUGAGUUUCAGUUUGAAUGCUCGUUAUUACGAGUCUGGGAGAAGCUUUUUCUUCAUUUCAUCCCUCGUCUCAAGAAUCUCACGAUCGAAUUCACUGGUCCGGAGUUGAAUCUCCCACCAGCACCGGCGGAUCUCCUCGGGAAAAUAAAAAUGUGCAGGCCCUGCAAAUCUGGUGGCAGGAGAAUUCACAUAUCCUUUAACCCCCGGAAAUUGUAUCACGACCUGAAGAAUGAAUCGCCAGCCGAUUUGAUAUGUCUGUUCAAUCCUGGAUUAUAUCGGGAGACUGGUUUUGAUAAUAUCGAUACGUGGCCGGGGACCAUUAUGAAAUUUUGCGCUGAAAAAGUUCCAGUUGUUAUCACAUCGUACACUGACUUUGAGAUACCGAGAGAUGUUGAUCGGAUAAAAUCUAUUGGAGAUGUUAAAGUACUACUGGAGCCCCAGAGAAAUCCUUUUGGGGCUGUCAAGCCUGAUAGGAAUUUCGUUAGCGAUGAUGUCGUUCCCCUCAUGUACAAGAAUCACUGCAUCAGUAUUGUUAAAGGAAUAUAAUUCAAUAGACAAGAUUAU